GCUGAAAUUCGCAAUGCAUCGAAAACAGACUUACGGGUUGAAAAGUAGUCGGUUCCAAUGAACAGAACUGCAAGGAUGUUAAAUGUAGAUCCGACAGAGUUCAAAAAACUUGCCAUCGAACUUCAACUGAACCUAUCUGAAAGCGACAUCGAGGGUCUAAUUAGGACGAAAAUGGAUUAUCUGAACAUUUCAAACGACAGCGUGCCCCCCCAGGAUGAUAAUCUCUAUUGCGGAGGGCCUUUGGAGAGGAUAGCUGAAACUUACGGCGACAAAUACCAUCCUUACCUCGCCAUUACCGUUUGUAUCUUCGGAACUUUGUCGAACAUAUCCAACAUCGCGGUGUUAACCAGGAAUGAUAUGGCGAACGCUCCAGUCAACAGGAUACUAACAGCUCUGGCAGUGGCAGACAUGAUCCUGAUGAUCGAGUAUAUCCCAUUUGCCUAUUACUACCAUAUUGAGCUGAAGGGAGAUUUCGAUUUUCCUUACGUGGGGGCGGUCUUCAUACUCUUUCACAUGCACAUCACUCAGAUUCUGCACACAAUUUCCAUCUGUUUGACUUUGGCUUUGGCUAUAUGGAGAUUCCUUGCUAUUGGAUAUCCGCAUAAGAACCACUUGUUAUGCUCCAAGAGCAGGUGUUCAAUCGCUAUCUCCCUCAGUUAUUGUCUGCCAAUUGUCCUAUGCAUCCCUACUUACUUAACCUUGAAGAUAUCAACAUCCGCAGUUGAGGAGCACAAUCAGACCUUCAUCUUAUACCACACCUCUCUAAGUGACACCUUCCAAAACGAUCCAAGUUUGCUGCAAGUGAACUUCUGGGUGUAUGCAGUUUUCAUCAAGUUGCUUCCCUGCGUAAUUCUCACGUUCAUCAGCUUCUGGCUGAUAAGGACUCUCUUCAAAGCAAAGAGGAGGAAGCAAGUUCUGAGAGGCUACGAUACUUAUCCGCUAACAGACAACGGCAAUGCAAAGAAGAAAACUUCCAAGGCUGAACGCAGGGCUGACCGCACCACAAAGAUGCUUGUGGCAGUCUUGUUGCUGUUUUUAAUCACGGAGUUCCCGCAAGGGUUAUUCGCUCUGCUGAUAGGCCUCAAGGGAAAAAACCUGUUCUUGGAGUGUUACCAGAAGUACGGCGAAGUGAUGGACAUGCUUGCUUUGCUCAACGGAGCCAUAAACUUUAUCCUUUACUGUUGCAUGAACAGGAUGUUCCGCACGACUUUCGGUCAGCUGUUCAAGAGCAAAAUUUUGGCCAAGUGGCCGCCAAACACGCCCUCUGAGAUUCACACAACUGUCUUGCCAAAUGGUACCAAUAGUACGGAGCUGUAAACUAAGAUGAUAUGAAGUUCAUAAUAUUUACUACGUGGCUGUUAAAAGAGACGUGAACGACUUUUUGCUCCAGCUGCACCAAAAAAUGUGAACGUUUUUUAUUAUGUAAGUAAAUAGUUAUUUUGUUUUGUAAUUUCUUUACUGUAAAUGCCAGAAACAAAAAUAUACUUUAUAUAAUUAAACAAUUGUUUAAGGGUAUAUAGUAUAGUUUUAUAUUUCAAAAUAUGGAUAUUAUUUAUAAUUCAAUUUCGAAUGAGUUAAGGUUACAUAUUAGUUUUAUAAAUUUGUAUACCUAAAUUAUUGAUUGUUGAGAUUAAAAUGGUCAAAACAGAAAAGCAAUUUAACGUCGAGUUUUUUAAAUGCAUGGGAUAUUUAUUUUUAUAAUUUAUAUGUCAGAUAUUUAUUAAUAGAACCCAGGCAUUUCAAAUAAAUCAUAGACAAUGCAUGAACUGAAAUUUAAUAUUUAUUAAGGCAUAUAACAAUUAACGUCAAGCAAACAAAGCAUGUUCUAGUAAAUUUCCGGAAAUAAAUCCCCACACAGCCCACCUCUUAAGUGUAGUAAGCACUAUAGCACUCUAUAGAGCCAACAAUUCCAGCAACUGUAAGACUGGGCUUUUAUCCAUAAUAAAAAAAUAACGGGUUUCUCCGUAUUACUUGAUAUAAACUUUUUAGGUAUAUAAACUUUGUUUUUAACUUUUAUCAAAUAUUAAAUUAUUAAUUUCACAAUUUCAGAAGUUUCAAGUUUCAAGAAUUGUAUAAACACAUAUUUACAUUCAUAUAUGUAUAAAAUAUAGACAACGAAUCUAAUUCAAAUUAUUAAUGCUAGAAAAUGUAACCUCAACUCAACCAAAAUAUCCUUGUUAAUAUUAUUUAAGUCUUUGAACAGGGUAAAAAUUAUUAUUUUUGUUAUACCAUGUCAUAAUAAUAUUAUGUCAACACGCAAACCCUAAAAAGUUAUUUAUAAAAUAUUCUAUUAAAACCUCAGACAAUGGAAUUAAAAUACAAAACAUUUUUUAAAAUUAAUUGUCACUAUUU